ACCACGCACCCCGCCAUUAUGACGGCCCGCCUCCCGCCGCCCCUCCGCCCGUCGUCGGCGACGCCGCCGCCUCCCGCCGCCACGCGCACGCUGCACGCGAUCAACACCUGCACCUCCUCCGCCGCGCUCGCGCCGCUCCGCGACGCCAUCCUCCGCGAGCCCGCCCUGCUGCGCUCCACCACCGUCGUCUCCGCCUUCUUCCUCGCCUGCGGCCGCCUCCGCCACCUCAGCCCCGCGCUCUCCCUCUUCGCCUCCUUCUCCCGCCCCCACGUCUUCCUGUUCAACUCCAUCCUCCGCUCCCUCCAGCCGGGCCCCGACUGCUCCCCGCUCCCGCUUUUCCGCCGCUUCCUCGGCCUCGGCGUCCGCCCCAACCGCUACACCUUCCCUCCCCUGCUCACCUCCCUUUCCUCCCUCAGCGACCUGAGAGCCGUGCAUUCUCAGGUAGCAAAAUCCGGCUUCUCGCGCGACAUCCACGUCCGCAACGCCCUCCUCGCGCGUUACGCCGCGUGCGACCCAGACUUGGCCCACGCCGAGCAGCUGUUCGACGAAAUGACCCGUCCGGACGUCGUCGCCUGGACCACCAUGAUCACCUCAUACAAGAAUCGCGGCCGCACCUUUCAGGCCCUGGCCACGUUCCGGCGGAUGCUGGCUGCUUCUGUCGCCCCCAACCGCGUCACCAUGGUCGCCGCGCUUGGCGCAUGUGCGGCCCAUGGAGCCGUCGAAGCCGGCACUUGGAUCCAUGAGUACGUGCAGAAGCAGGGGUGGGAGCUGGACGUUGUAUUAGGCACUGCACUCGUAGACAUGUAUGGGAAAUGUGGGCACGUCAUGGACGGGGUGCGUGUAUUCUCAGAAAUGGCCGAGAGGAAUGUGUAUACUUGGAACUCUAUCAUUGGAGCGCUUGCUCUUGCUCAGAAUGGCACAAUGGCUAUGCAGUGGUUCUACAGGAUGGAGGCUGAUGGUGUCCGGCCAGAUGCAGUGACGCUCAUUUGUGUUCUCUGUGCAUGUGCCCAUGCUGGCUUUGUUGACAUUGGGAGGAAAAUAUUUCACCUGAUCGUGCAAGGGGAGUAUGGGUUUCAACCUGGGAUCAAGCACUAUGGAUGCAUGGUUGAUCUUCUUAGUCGCUCUGGACACCUGGAUGAUGCCUUCAGUGUUGUUGAGACGAUGCCAUCACAGCCAAAUGCAGUCAUCUGGGGCCUACUGUUGCGCGGUUGCAAAGCUCAUGGUGACUCACAGUUGAGUGAACAUGUGAUGCGAAGGUUGGUGGAAUUGGAGCCUGAGAAUGCUUCACAUUAUGUGCUGCUAUCAAAUUUAUAUGCUGAGACAGGGAGAUGGCAGGAGGCUGAGGAGAUCUUGCAGUGGAUGAAGAAGAAUCGAUUGAGGAAGGAUGCAGGCUGGAGCCUGAGGAUGUUAGGAGACAGGCUGUUGUCACCAAAGUUUGACAGCCCGAAACUAAUGUUGCCGAUCCAAGGAUCUUUUGUACAGAGCAUGGCUCCUCUGACUCCCAGACUUGUAGUGCCCAUAGAUGUGAAGAAGAAGCCUUGGGAGCAAAAGGUUCAUCUCCAUAACCGCUGGCAUCCAGAUAUCCCUCCUGUUGCUGAUGUAACUGAAGGGGAAUUAUUCCGUGUUGAGAUGGUCGAUUGGACUGGAGGACGGGUUAGAGAUGAUGACUCCGCAGAUGAUAUCAAGUUUCUGGAUCUCACAAUUACUCAUUAUCUUAGUGGCCCCUUCAGAAUAGUUGAUGCUGAAGGGGUUCCAGCUUCACCUGGUGAUCUUCUCGCGGUAGAGAUCUGCAAUCUCGGUCCGCUUCCUGGUGAUGAGUGGGGUUAUACUGGAAUAUUCGAAAGGGAGAAUGGAGGUGGAUUCUUAACUGACCACUUCCCAAGUGCAAGAAAAGCUAUUUGGUAUUUUGAAGGAAUUUAUGCAUACUCCUCUCAGAUACCUGGCGUUCGGUUUCCGGGUUUAACUCAUCCGGGUAUAGUGGGAACUGCACCAUCAGUUGAACUUCUUAAUAUAUGGAAUGAAAGGGAAAGGAAAUUGAUUGAGACAAGUCACGAGUCUCUGAAACUGUGUGAAGUUCUACACCAGAGGCCCCUUGCUAACUUACCAACCUCUGAAAAUUGCUUACUUGGAAAGAUUCAAGAAGGGACAGCUGAAUGGCAAAAAAUUGCAAAUGAAGCAGCAAGAACUAUUCCUGGAAGAGAGAAUGGGGGGAACUGUGACAUAAAGAACCUAAGCAGAGGUUCCAAAGUUUAUCUACCAGUAUUUGUUGAUGGAGCAAAUUUGAGUACUGGUGAUAUGCACUUCUCCCAAGGCGAUGGUGAAGUCUCGUUUUGUGGAGCAAUAGAAAUGAGUGGAUUCCUUGAGCUAAAAUGUGAAAUUAUAAGAGGUGGGAUGAAGGAAUACUUGACUCCUGUUGGUCCGACAGCACUUCAUGUGAAUCCUAUCUUUGAGAUAGGUCCAGUGGAGCCACGCUUCUCAGAAUGGUUAGUCUUUGAGGGAAUCAGUGUAGAUGAAUCUGGGAAACAGCAUUUCCUUGAUGCAUCAGUUGCCUACAAACGUGCAGUUCUGAAUGCCAUUGAAUACCUUUCCAGAUUUGGGUACUCUAAGGAGCAGGUCUAUCUUUUACUAUCUUGCUGUCCAUGUGAGGGUAGGAUAUCUGGAAUAGUAGACGCCCCUAAUGCAGUGGCCACACUUGCCAUUCCUACAGCAAUAUUUGACCAGGAUAUAAGGCCAAAACGCCUGGGGCAUGGACCAAAAUUGAGAAGAAUUCCGGAUGUACUGAGAUGCACGUACGAUGGGCACCUUCCUGCAACACAAGACCAAAGUGGAACAGUGGCACCACAGUGAUAAAUAUCUAAAAGUUAAUCCAUGAUGAUCAUGUUUACACUCGUAAUAAUAAAUAUAAAUAAUCAUCUACGUACGUGCAACAUGUAAUGUGAACCAGUAGUUGCAGUAUGUGAUUUUUGUUGCUCAUUUGUAAAAGUAAUAUAUUUGCAUGCUUGGUUCCAUGUAAUAUUUUUAAGUGUUAA